AUGAAACCACAUCUCAUUUUGUUAUUGUUUUGGGUAACGAAAGUAAAAAGCAUCGAAUUCAAGUAAGUGCUUUGUUGUUGUUGGAAACCUCAAAGAUAAAUCUUCAAUGAUAGUUUAGAAUUUUCGAGGACAUUUUACAAGUUCGAAGUCAAAACGGACUAUUUUUUCCCUUAUGCUCGAGUUCUUUUGAACAAAAAUUUGGAGAACAAGCAUGUUCUUCAGUCUCUUCUGUAUAUUCUGGAUAUAAUUUACAAAACUUGGAUCAAUAUACCUAUUCUAUUGGUUGUACUUCGAAUGUUUGUUUCAGUUUUUUGUCAUCAAUUUGUAAAACUGGUGUGAAGAUUUAUUGUGCCGAAAGUUGUCAGUUUUUUUGUUCUCAAAAAUUUUCACAGAAUUCCAUUUUAAAUAUUCAAAUGUUUUCAGUAUGUGCAAGUGGAAGUUUUCAAAUUGGUGCCAACAAAUGUAUCACUUAUUCGACCACUAUGGCUAAUGACUAUUCCGACGCAAAAUCAAAAUGUGGACAACUUUUAGGCUCCUUAAAACCAUCUGAACUCGAAACGUUGGCUGAAAUUUUGCCCGAGACAGGUCAGUUUUUUGAGAAAAAAAAAUACAAAAAAUAAAUAUUUACUCAAGAAUUUUGAGAGAGUGACACUCGGUGACACUGUUUUGAUGAAUCAUUUUUUUCGAAUAACCUGAUCUCCAAAAAGUUCCGUUUUUCCAGACACCCCAUUUUAUACGUCGGGUCUUCGAAAAGGUUCAAAUUGGGAAUGGGCGAAUGGAGAAACCCUUUCGAAUCCUUUGAAAAUUCCCGGAGAAGGAAGAUGUCUUGCAGUUAUUCGAGGAACUUUUCGAGCAAUCAAUUGUGAACACAGUGCAUUUUAUAUUUGUGAACAUGGAAGGGAAUGUAUUGAGAAAAGCAAAAAUUCCUCGAAGAAAUUGUUUUCGGGAGUGACGAAUGUGACUUCAAAUGGACAAAAAUGUUUGAGAUGGAAUGAUCCAACAGUUCUUUUUGAACAAGAAAAUUCGAUGGAAAUUGAUAUUUUUGAAAGCCAUAAUUUUUGUCGAUUUGUAGGGUUAGUUUGAAAAAAAGUUGAGAAAAAAUGAAGUGGGAUUUUUAAAGAAAAAAACCAAUUUUUCAAUGAGAAAACUUUAGUUUUCCAAAAUGAGAUAAUUUUUUUUAAUUCCAAAAAAAAGUUGCCACAUCAAGAAAAUUCUUGUCAUAUUUUUUUCUGAAAUUUCUUGAAGUUUAUUCCAGAAAUUCAACCUCUCCAAUGUGUUUCAUAAAACCGAAUCAACUUGAAAAAUGCGAACUUCCAAAUUGUCCCGAAACUCAAAAUGAUUCUCCAAUCUCAUCUUCUGAUAUUUCAUGCUCUUCUCCUUCAUUUUCAUGUGAUAAUGAUAGCAAAUGUAUUUCCGAUAAAUUCAAAUGCGAUUACGAAGUUGAUUGUUCAGAUGGUUCAGAUGAACAAAAUUGCGAAGAUUAUUUGGAAUCCUUCGAACUUGUUGGCGCAUAUAAAUUAGCUGAAAAUGUUAUCGAAGUUUGGACUUUUAUUCCACAUGUUCAAGGAUGUGCUAGAAAGUGUCGAGAAAGUUUAUUGAUGUGUGAAGCAUUUUCAUAUGAACCCAAAAAUCAAAUGUGUUUGCUAACUGAUACUUCAGCAAUGUAUUCGAGUUUAGCCCAAAAAAUCACAUCACUGUAUUAUAGAAGACGUUUCUCAUCGAGUAAGUUGGUUCAAAAAUUUUACAAAAUUUAUUUUCAAAAUAUUUCAGAAGAUGUCGUUUUCGAGUCUAUCAAUUCGACUCUCUACGCUACAAAAUCCUCGAAAAAAGGUGUUAUUUGUGAUGAAAAUUUCAGCCGCGACAAACUUUCGUCAAUCUGCAAAAUUCUUGGAUUCGGGUAUCGUUUUAUUUUUUUUUUUAAAUAA